AUGGCCCCCUCAAUAGUCUUGAUCAGCGGUGCGAACAGAGGGCUGGGAAAGGGCCUUGUCGAGCGCUACCUCGCCAGGGACGGCCACACCGUCAUCGCCGCCGUCCGCGACCCAGACCACCCAACCUCAAAGGCCCUCGCAGACCUGCCGGCGGGCCAGCACAGCCGGCUGCUCGUCGUCAAGAUCGACUCGACGGCCGAGGCCGACGCGCUCAAGGCGGUCGAGGAGCUCUCCGCGCGGGGGAUCGACCGCCUGGACCUCGUCAUCGCCAACGCCGGCGUCGCCAGGGCAUUUCCGACGGUGUCGGAGCUCAAGGUCGCGGACCUGCAGGCCCACAUCACGCCGAAUGUCUUUGGUGUGGUCUGGCUGUACCAGGCCGCGCUCCCGCUGCUGCGGAGGUCCGCGCAGCCUAAAUGGGUCACCAUGGGCUCGUCGGCGGGCCAGUUGCAGGAUCAGGCUCCCUUCCCCAAUGCUGCGUACGCACCAUCCAAGGCCGCCGUCCACUGGCUCACGAAGAGGAUCAAUGGAGAGGAGGAAUCCCUGACUGCCUUUGUCCUCCACCCUGGUUUCGUCCAGACAGAGAUGGGUAACGCAAGUGCUCGCCUGCUGGGUCUCGAGAAGGCGUUCAUUGAAGUCGACGAGUCCUGCGAUGGGAUUGUGCAGGUCAUCGAUGCUGCUACAAAGGACUCGCAUGGUGGGAAGUUGUGGGACAAUGACGGCAAGCAGCUAACGUGGUGA